UAAUGUUGUUAGACUUUCCUAUAAUCUUUUGAAAUGUUCUUUAACAGUGACGGCAUGUUUUGGUUUCUGAAAGGACCUAACUGACCUAUGAAUUACUCUAGAAGUAAAAAAAAAACUUCUAACUCAAGGGAUGACCCAGUGUUGAGUCGACACAUAACAGACAGCUGAAUAAAGAACCACAUCUCAGCAUGUUGUGUGGUUGUGUUUAGCAUUUUUCUACUGUAAACUGACCCCAGGAAGAAAAGCUGAUGCAGCAUGCUGCUGACGCUAACGGGGAUCUCAAUAGACAUAAACAUGAACACAGUAGAAUCUGGUUUUAUCAUGGAAACCAUCUGUUGUUUACAAUCAAAUUUAGUGGCAGAGUGAAAGAAAGUGAGGGUUUAUUUUUAAAAGACUUGUGGAACUGGACUCAUUUGAACUGGUUUCCAUGGAAAUCCUCAGUCCACCAGUCAAACCUCAGUGAGCUCUGACCUCUGUAGCGACACUCAGAAACCUGCAGAUUGACAGCAUUUUACCCAGCAAACGAGCAGAUUUAAAGAUGAAGGAAGAAGAGGAGGAAAUUUCCAUUGAGGAGAAAAAUCAUCAACCGAGUUCCCUGCCAGCAGAAAAUCAAAUCAAUCCAGAUGGGCCUCAUGAUGAGGAUAGGGACGGUCCCAGUAAAAGACGGCCGGCUCAACGGAUCUCUACUGAGGACAAACAACACCGCUGUGAUUGUGGAAAAUGUUGGAGGUGGCCGUAUGAACUCAAGAAACAUCAGCGAGUCCACACCGGAGAAAAGCCCUACACCUGUCCUAUUUGUAGGAUGAGCUUUACCUGGUCGGGAAGUCUGAAAUAUCAUCAGCGCAUCCACACCGGACAAAAGCCCUACACCUGUCCUAUUUGUAGGAUGAGCUUUACCCAGUUGGGAAAUCUGAAAUGUCAUCAGCGCAUCCACACGGGAGAAAAGCCGUAUGCCUGUCCUAUUUGUAGGAUGAGCUUUACCCAGUCGGGAAGUCUGAAACGUCAUCAGCGCGUCCACACCGGAGAAAAGCCGUAUGCCUGUGACCGCUGUGGAAAGUGUUUUGCCAGGCUGGGAACUUUGAAACAUCAUCAGCGAGUCCACACCGGAGAAAAGCCCUACACCUGUCCUAUUUGUAGGAUGAGCUUUACCCAGAUGGGAAAUCUGAAAUGUCAUCAGCGCGUCCACACCGGAGAAAAGCCGUAUGCCUGUGACCGUUGUGGAAAGUGUUUUACCAGGCUGGCAACUUUGUAACAUCAUCAGAGCAUCCACAGUGAAGAAACUCUUCUCCCACCUCCGUGAUAAUCUAUAAUAACAAUCUUUGCAUGCAGUUUGUCGAGUGUUGUGUUAUUUUUUUGCAGCAAACAGACUCAUGUCUGCAUGUGACAAGUUCAGAAAGGGUCUCACUUUUACUGAGUGAAGCUGCACUUGGUUGCCAUGGUGAUAUAUGUGGGUUAUGAUCAAGUAUAAAGUCAGUGUUGAUCACAGGAUAAAACUGCAUCUAAAUACCGUUCUGAGAUCAGUUUAAUCAUCUCGGUAUGGAAAGUUUUUAUAACAGAAGCUUCUAUACAAAUCUCGCCUUCAUAAAUAAACCAAGUAGGUGCUACUAUUGAUCACAUUUUUACUAAUAUUUAUGAUGCAGUGACAAGUGGAUUACUUUAAAUGAUAUUAGUGAUCAUCUUCCUUCAUUCAAUCAUUAUCUUGACCGCUUGUUCCAUUACGGGUCGCGGGGGAGCUGGAGCCUACCCCAGCAUUUUAACCGGUGAGAGUCAGGGUACACCAUGGACAGGUCACCAGUCUGUCACAGGGCCAACACAUAGGGGACA